AUGGUGGGGGCGGUCAUCGAAAAUCUCAGCAACCGGAAGCUGUCCUAUAUUUUUGCCGGGCUUCUCGUGAUUCAGAUCGCAUUUUUCCUUGUUGGCGCAUGGAUUGCCCCGCGUCCCACCUCUUCGAUGGAAUUUCUGUUCCGAUCAUGCGUAGAUGCAAAUAUCACCGGGAAAAAUUGGGUUGACCACCAGAGCUGCAAAGAGAUCGAGCUCAGCGAGCACAAGCCGCUUUCCUAUGACCUGAGGGAGCUCGUUUUUAUGACGCAGAUGCCGCAUAAGAGGGACAACCAGCUCCUCCGCUACCACCCCUCCUUUCAAUUCCUGCUCGGCGUCGUGCAGCCUGAGAUCCAGAGCACCAAGGCGUUCACGCACCGAAAAGGCUCCCGUCUCCACCUCGAGGUGAGGAUGGGGUUCAGAAACGAGCCGAGCGAGCCGUGGAGGGACUGGAUUCACGCCGACGUCGUCAGAGAUCUGGAGUGCCAGUUUGCAUGGGGCCACACCGAGGGCGAUAUGCACUGCGAGCCGAUGGACUUUUUCGAGAUUGGCUACGUACCGUAUCCACUUUAUGUACUCAAUAUUCGAGUUCCCAUUGAUAGAGAAGGCUGCGAAAAAGAUCCGAUAAACACUCCAAAUUGCGAUCUGGGCGAGUUGACGGCGCUGAACAUGAUUGUCAUCAACCAAAACGGCGGCUUCACGAUGGUGUGGGCGUGGAUGAAGACGAUCGUCGCCCCGUUUAUGCUUUUGAUGGUCCGUUGGUACUGGUCUCGCGUAUCGGCACGUACUUCCUCACCGCUACUCCUGGAGAAGGCCAUUUUUACGCUCGGCGUGGCUACCACCGUUUUGGACCUACCUAUCGAAUGGAUCCCUUUGUGGUUUUCCCGAGUUCCCUUCAUGCUGCUGUUGAGUGAUUUGAGACAAGGUCUUUUCUACGCCGUACUCUGCUCAUUUUGGUUGAUUUUUGCUGGUGAGCACUUGAUCGACGAUCGAUCAAGGAACAACUUGUGGUCCUACUGGAAAAAUCUCUCGCUCGUGCUCACCACCGGUGCGGUGUUGCUCAUCUACGACAUGUGCGAGCGGGGCAUGCAGCUAGCCGACCCGUUCUACAGUAUCUGGGCCAGCCCCACCGGGACUAGGAUUGCCUACCUCUCCAUCUACCUGGCCACCAUCUGCACCGUGCUGUACUUUGCGUUUCUGUUUUGGAAGAUUUACAUGGUGUGGAUCGCCAUCAAGAACAAGCGCUCCGCACAGCUGUAUUUGAACAAUGAGGGCAGGAGGUUAAAGGUUGAAUCAGUGAUUUUCCGGUUCAAAUUCCUGAUGAUUUUGACGCUGGUGUGCGCCUUUUUGACGAUACUGAGCUAUGGGUUGAAGCAGCACGGUGAGGCCCAACUUCACGACGACGAGCCGGAGAGCUCCUUUUUGACCAAUCCGACGUCGGCCUUCUUUACGGGAACUUUCGGGAUGUGGAACCUGUACGUUUUCCUGCUGCUGGCCAUGUACGCACCAUCGCACAAGCAGUACGCUGGGAGCCACCAAUUCGUCGACGAAACCGACGAGCUGAUGGACUCGACUACGGAAUCAAACCCGAUGACGGCUUUCCUCAAGCCGGCCAACGAA